AUGAACGAUGCCGUUUACAAAUUUGUCAAUAGUUGCACUGAAGCAACUGGACAGUCAAACACCGUCCUAUAUUUCAAGAACUAUCCACAGCGCGGCUCAAAUCGCGGACGUGGAAAUUAUAGAGGUAAUUUUCGUGUUAACCACAAUAACUACAACAACAAUAACUACAACAACAAUAACUAUAACAACAAUUACCCAAAUAACAAUGGAGGACGAGGCCAUUAUAGUGGAAACUAUAGAGGUGGUGGUAACUCGAACCGAGGCCACAAUGGCAAUAACAAAAGCAAUGUCAGAAUUACCCAAAAUACUAACCAAAACACAUCGGAAAACUCCCAAAGCCCCUUAAAUACUCAACAAUAA